CUAUUUUCAGUUUUAAAGAUUUAGUUCCUCCAAAGGUCUCUUUAGAUCCGUCUCCUCUAAAGGUCUCUGUGACUCUAAGAGGGUCCUCUCAGUCCGCCCCCGCACGCCGUCCCGCCUCGGCCCCCCUUUUGUUUGCGGACCCGCAGUUUCCGCCUCGCGCAUUGUCCCGCAGCUGAAUGCGCCAUAAAUCAGCGCAGAGCGGAGCUGCCCUCUGUGGGCGGCUCUUCUUCUCUCUGCUUAUUAACUGCACUGAGGGGGGGCUCGGUCAGUCCACCUCAGUCCGCCUCGUUCUCUGCAGCAGAAACAGGACUGUACCCGCACCGGGACCGGUACUUAGUCCGUGGAUCUCCACCCAAGCGGCCCUGUUUGACCUGUGUCAAGUGGACCUCGCCACAAUGAGUCUGAACGCCGUAGACCUUAAUGAGCUCAUGGAGCUGUGGGAGGAGCUAAACCUGACCGCCGCCGACCACUACAACCUGUCCCAUGUGGAGACGCUGCAGUGUUCGGGCGCCAUCAGCCACUCCGCCUUCCUCCACGUCCUCUCCAUCCUGUACAUCUUCAUCUUCUUGGUGGGCCUCGCCGCCAACGCCCUGGUGGUCUGGGUCAACCUGCGCUGCGACAAGAGGCGCUACGAGACGCACCUGUACGUCCUGAACCUAUCCGUGGCCGACCUGUGCGCUGUGGCCACGCUGCCCGUGUGGGUGACCUCGCUGCUGCAGGGCGGUCGCUGGCCGUUUGGGGAGGCGGUCUGUAAACUGACCCACCUGGUCUUCAGCAUCAACCUCUUCAGCAGCAUCUUCUUCCUCACCUGCAUGAGCGUGGACCGCUACCUGUCCGUCACGUUGUUGGCCGACACCUCCGACAGCCGAAGGAAGAAAGUGGUGCGGCGCCUGAUCUGCGUCCUGGUUUGGCUGCUGGCGCUGGCGGCCUCCGUCCCCGACACCUACUUUCUGCAGGUGGUCAAGUCUUCGCACUAUGACGGCGCCACAGUCUGUCGUCCAGUGUACCCGUCCAGCAACCCUCGGGAAUGGAUGGUGGGCGUCCAGCUGAGCUCCAUCGUGCUCGGCUUCGCCAUCCCGUUCCCAGUCAUCGCCGUCUUCUACCUUCUCCUGGCGGCGGAGAUCCCUCCCGGCUCGGACCAGGAGCGCCGCGUCAGCCGGUGGAUCAUCCUCGCCUACAUCGUGGUGUUCCUGGCCUGCUGGCUGCCGUUCCACGCCGUUCUCCUGCUGGACACGGUGUCGCUGCUCGGCGUACUGCCCUUCAGCUGCAGGCUGGAGAACUUUCUGGACGUGGCGCUGCACCUGACCCAGUGCUUCUCGCUACUGCACUGCUGCAUCAACCCGGUCCUGUACAACCUCCUCAACAGGAACUACCGCUACGACCUCAUGAAGGCCUUCAUCUUCAAGUACUCCACAAAGACCGGGCUCGCCAGGCUCAUCGACGGCUCGCAGGCCUCCGAGACAGAGUACUCGGGGGUGACGAUGGACAACAGCGUCCCGGUGUGAACAGGUAGUCCACUUCAGCCUCCCUCGCAUUCCUCAAAGUGCUCGGGGGUGGGAACUGACAACAGCGUUCUUCAGACUUGGAAACACUUCUUACAACUUGUUGUACCUGGUCCCAGCUUGGACCGUCAGCUGGACCAGGAGGACCCCAGCUGAUGCUCCGACACACUGAAGACACUUCUUAGUACUUGUUGAACCUGGUCCCAGCUUGGACCAGCAGGACCCCAGCUGAUGGUCUGAACAUCCUGAUAAAAACUUCAGGACUUAUGAAUGAGUCUUCGGACUGACAAAGACUCGAAUUUUAUGUCCCCAAAACUACUGAGAGGACCACGUUUGGCUCGGAGUCCAACUGAAACUGAACCGUGGAUAUCAGUCCCAGACAGAAACAGGUCAAAAGUCAGAGUACUUAAGUACAAAUGUAUCAUACUUGUACUUCAGUAUUUGCAUGUUGUUAUGUAUCUGAAGUUGCUCUUCAGACGAAACAUUUAAAUGUUUAUAAAUAAAUGAUAAAAUGUG